GCGGCUGGCGCUGGCCGCCGGCCUCGGCUCGCUCCUGCUCGUCCUCUUCUACUUCCAGAGCAGCCUCAGCCCAGCCUCCGAAGAGAUGAGAUCCACAUGGCAAGGCAAGGCUGGUCGCAGCCCACUCCAGGCCCUGUAUGAGAGCGACCAGUUUGAGCAGUCGUCCCUGCAGGCGGUUCACCAGCAGAGAAGGGAGAUGUUGAGCAACGUCUGCAGCCGUUACACCCGCAAGCGGCGUCUCCUGCAGCAGGAUGACUUGCGGCACUUGGUGGUGGAUGACACGCACGGGCUGCUCUACUGCUACGUGCCCAAAGUGGCCUGCACUAACUGGAAGCGGGUGAUGAUGGUCCUGACGGGGCAAGGCAAGUACCAGGACCCGCUGGGAAUCCCCGCCCAUGAGGCCCACGUCCCCUCCAACCUGCGCACCCUCUCCGAGUACAGCGUUCCCGAGAUCAACUACCGCCUGCGUAGCUACCUCAAGUUCGUCUUCGUGCGGGAGCCCUUCGAGCGCCUGGUCUCGGCCUACCGCAACAAGUUCACUCUCAGCUACAACACGGCCUUCCACAAGCGCUACGGGACCAAGAUCAUCCGGCGGCACCGGCACGAGCCCAGCGAGCGGGCCCUGGAGCGCGGGGACGACGUGCGCUUUGAGGAGUUCGUGUACUACCUGCUGGAUCCACGGACGCAGCAGGAGGGGCCUUUCAACGAGCACUGGGAGCGGGUGCACUCGCUCUGCCACCCCUGCAUCAUCCACUACGACGUGGUGGGCAAGUAUGAGACCUUGGCUGAAGAUGCCAACUACAUCCUGCAGCUGGUGGGGGCCGACACGAGCGUCAAGUUCCCGGCUUCAUCCAAGACCACCAGGACGACAGACAACAUGACAGCCCAGUUCUUCCAGGACAUUAGCCCCUUCUACCAAAGGAGACUCUUUAAUUUAUACAAAAUGGACUAUUUGCUAUUCAAUUACUCCAUCCCCUCAUACCUCCGCAUCCGAUGAGGCAGGGGCUGCCAGGGAUGAGGUGAGGGAGAGCUGGAUAACUCUCACCUUGCCACAAUUCCCCUCCUCCUACUUUGUGCUCAUCUCUUGGGUGACUUCUUCCCUGUGCCCUUUUAUUAGGGUCUGCUCCACCUCCUAAUGCCUUGUUCAUGCAUGAUCUGGAGGAAGAACACUUCUCAAAACACGGGCUGGAGCUUUUCCUUCCCUUUCCCUCCCAGCCUGCAGUAUCUACAGGGAAUGGUGGUGGGACUGGACACUUCUUGCCUUGGUUAGGGACUCUCUUUUAACUAAGAGACUCCUCUGUAGAUCCAAAUCUUGGGAAGGCUCCUUUUUUGGGCAGGAUCCCUUCAGGUCUUUCUCCUCCAUACUGGACUGUUUGGGGGCAGACAUGGAGUCUCAGGGGUCAGAGUGGAGUGUAUCAGAGACUUGCAUAGAAUCAGAAAUAAAGCAAUAAUUUAAUGUAUUUUUUUCAUUUUA